GAACGCCAAUAGGACCGUCGCCGUCGGGACAGAAAAAUUACGAUCCGUUAGGUAUAUAUCGUGAAAAGCGUUUUCCUAUCGAUAUGGAACGUUCCUUUGGCAACGACCGGUGUAAACAAACGCUGAAAAAAACCGCCCGUGUGGUUCAGUAUUCGCGAACUUCGUGGUAUGAUCGGAUGGAGAAAUGGUUUAACGGUAGCAAACUGUGGUUACUCGGAAACCAAUUGCAACUCCUUCCUAAGAGGACCCGGACCCCGUCCAGGACGAUGGAGCGCUACGAGAAAAUCGGGAAAUUGGGCGAAGGGAGCUACGGCAUCGUGUACAAAUGCAGAAACAGAGACACCGGGGAGAUCGUGGCGAUUAAAAAAUUCGCCGAAAGCGAAGAGGAUCCUCUAAUUAGGAAAAUAGCCCUGCGAGAAAUUAGACUUCUAAAGAACCUGAAACACCCCAAUCUGGUGAACCUCAUCGAGGUGUUUCGGCGCAAGCGGCGCCUCCACCUGGUGUUCGAGUUCUGCGAACGGACCGUCCUCAACGAGCUGGAGCGCUAUCCCCGCGGAUGUCCCGAUCUGCUCACCCAGCAGAUCGUCUGGCAGACGCUCCGGGCCGUCGCCUAUUGUCACCAGCACGGCUGCAUCCACAGGGACAUCAAGCCCGAGAACAUCCUGCUGACGGGCACCGGCGUGGUGAAAUUGUGCGAUUUCGGAUUCGCCAGGAUGUUGAAUCCGGGGGAAAAUUACACCGAUUACGUGGCAACCCGAUGGUACAGGUCUCCUGAAUUGCUGGUGGGAGACACGCAAUACGGUACGCCCGUCGACGUGUGGGCCAUCGGAUGCGUCUUGGCGGAGCUGAUUAAAGGGGAGGCCCUGUGGCCGGGCAAGUCCGACGUCGAUCAGCUCUUCCUCAUCAGAUCGACGGUGGGAGACUUGUUGCCGAGGCACAUGCAGGCCUUUAAAAGUAACGAUUUUUUCAACGGGUUCAUUUUGCCCGUGCCGACGCAGCUGUCCCCUCUCGAAGUCAAAUUGCCCAUGUGUAAUUCGACUGUCAUAGAUUUCCUCAAGAAAUGCUUAGAUAAAGAUCCAGCUAAAAGAUGGACGUGUGAAAGACUCCUCACACACGAGUACUUUGAAAAUUUCAAUUUUAAAGUCGACGAAGGAGACGUGCCGAACAGUGAAAGAACGAAAGAUAUAAGGGACAAAUCGAGGAAUUCCCUUCUUGGUACUUCGUUGCCCCAAUUGACGGGAUCGAAGCCCGUCAGCCCGUUGAAGCCAAACAACAGUUUACAAAAAUCGAAAGCAGACCACCACUUGCCGACCAUUUGACAGAAAUUUUCAUUCUUUAAAUGACUUAAAGAGCAUAUUUUUUCUACCGAUAGAUUUGUUAAUGGCACAUUUUGUAAGCCGCACUGAACAAACAGUACAAUAACUUAAAUGUACAAAUAAAACUUGGAUACAGGCUAUUUUUUUAGAAUCCCAUUAAAC